CUGCGCGCGGGGGGUCCUGCAGUGCAUCACGGGCAGCCAUGGUGAAGGCGCGCAAGAUCGUGAUCGGCCGCGUAUUCCAGGGGGAGCCCCGGAUAGAGGACUUCCGCAUCCAGGAGGAAGAGCUGCCGCCUCUCCGCGAUGGGCAGAUUCUCGUUGAGGCCGUCUACAUCAGCGUCGAUCCGUACCAGAGGGCGCUUAAAGACAAGCACCAAGUCGGCAGCACCAUGAUUGGAUCCCAGGUGGCCCGCAUCGUGGAGAGCCGUGCCGCGGGCUUCCCCGUGGGGCGGCACGUGGUGGGCUACUGGGGCUGGCGCGACCGCACCGUGGCCGACGUGGGGCCGGACACACCCUACCUGCUGUCGCCGCCCAUGCUGGUGCCGGACCUGGGGCGGCUGCCGCUCUCCCUGUCCCUCGGAGUGCUGGGCAUGCCCGGCAUCACUGCCUACUUCGGCUUCCUGGAGAUCUGCCACCCCAAACCGGGAGAGAUUGCCGUGGUCAGCGGGGCAGCAGGCGCUGUGGGCUCCAUAGUGGGACAGAUAGCACGUCUCGAGGGGUGCACCGUUAUUGGCUUCGCUGGAUCAGACGCUAAGGUGAAGUGGCUGAAAGAGGAGCUGGGCUUCCACCACGCGUUCAACUACAAGACGACGGACGCCAAAGAGGCGCUGAAGCGGGUGGCGCCCGACGGCGUCGACGUCUACUUCGACAACGUGGGCGGCGAGCUGAGCAGCGCGGUCAUCAACAGCAUGCGCAUGUGGGGCCGCGUCUCCAUCUGCGGCGCCAUCACUGGCUACAACUCGGCCGACCUCCCGAAGGCGACCAUCGUCCAGCACGCGGCCGUCUUCAGGCAGCUCCGCUUGGAGGGAUUCAUGUACAGCCGGUGGCACGACCGCUGGGAUGAGGGCAUCUCGCAGCUCGCGCAGUGGAUCAGGGAGGGGAAGAUCAAGUACCACGAGACUGUCACCGACGGCUUCCAGAACACUCCCAAGGCGUUUGUCGGUAUGCUGCAAGGCGAGAAUCUUGGCAAAGCUGUUGUCAAAGUGUGAUGGGCGUCGGCGUACCGGACUAGGGGGGCAUUAGCAGAAGCACAGACAAUUUGUCGCUGCAUCCUGUACAGUAAACUACAAGAGAUAGUAGGUUCUUCACUGUGACAUAACAUUCUUCUGUGAAUUAUGUUUGUCGUUUUAGAUUCUCAACUAGAUUUUACACCAUGACUCCAAUUCACAUAAGCAAAUAAAAAUUAAUGUAAUAGAAACACUUUUGUCUGUUGUGUCCAUUAUUUAACAAUACACCAAUUACCACACGUGAGCGUGAAACUACGGAAAACGUCCAGGUAUCUGCUUAAUGAGUUCGUUUCAUGUAGUGUUACUUCAAAAUCUCUCAAUAACAGCGCCGUUGGAGGCAGGCAAUUCCUUCUUCUGUGAACUGUGCAAGUACUGCAGUGUGGACUCUAAUGUAAC